GCUUGAAGUGCUAAUUGAUCGCUGCUCCAAAGCAACCGGAAUGCUGGAGGAAGCGCCAUGCCUCGUCGGAAUCGCGUCGUCGCUGGUCGUGCAGCACGAUAUGGUCAACUACCGCUGGAUAUUUUACUCCCCUGAGGAGUCUCAGUCCGUGGUCAUCGCUCGAGCUCCGUUGCUGGCGCAAGCGACUACAGCACCUUCGGCGUCACAGCCAUCGUACAGGCAAGUUCAGGUGAUCCACCUGCCUUCGACGCCUCAAAGUAUUGCGCUGCAUGAAUCCACAUGUCGUAUUGCUGUUGCCUGUGUGGAUGGGACUGCCUUAUUGCUGAAUCCCGACAAUCCGCCAUCUUCGACUUCCACCGCUGCAAGUGUUCUAUGCGAUGAUGAGUCGAUGGCGUGGCAUACACAAGCAACUUGGCGGUGUGAACCCGACAUGACGUGUCCGCUCAAAUGGUGCGAAUCCAAAGAAGACGUCUGGCUCGUCGGUGUCGCCACGCGAGUCACGAUCUGGAAAGUUGUCGACGAUGCCGUUUCCGUGUAUUCAAGCAGGUCGUUCGACCUCGGCACUGCAAUGACGCCUCUGUCUGCCGAGCUGUUCGAUGCAUGUUCCACGGGCCGAUAUGUCGCGCUUUGCACGAGUCCCCAUAGCCGGCUCGUCAAGGUUUGGUCGCUGAACUCGUGGACGAUGGAAAUGACGGCUCCUUUUUGUACCUAUCUCGGGCAUUCCCGUGCACUUCGUUCCCUCGAAUGGCUGCGUCCUGAAGCGCCAGGGGUGCUCGACAAUGCAACUCUCAUGACACUGGACGCGAGCGGGACCCUUACAUUGUGGCGGGAGGAUUCGAAUGCCAGUACAUUUGGGUUCUUGCGCGUUUGGGUGCUAGACGACCAUCCGAUUCGAGUUGGCGGAGUUAUAUCUCGGCGCAAAACAGCGCCCAAAACUUUAUUGUGGGAGUUUCCCACGGAUAUGAACAACUCGAUGAAGGUGUGGAAAGCGACCGUCGCCGACAAGACACACCACCUGUACACGCACACGAUGGACAGGGUCCACACUAAGUCGUCAAAAUCGCUUGGGUUCUCGUUUCGCGCCGGCGCGACCGCCGACACUCACGAAGGGGAAAAGUUCAUCCAGGGCAACUUGGCGCUGUCUAAGUGUUCGAUCACGUAUUUUUUGUACAUCAUCGGGGAGGAUGGAGAUUUUGGUGUGUGGCGUGUCGAUUGCACCAUGUUCUUGACGUCGACUCCCCGAGCGACGCUGGUGUGCACCACGUCGGACCUUCGGGAAGACCUGAAAGAAGCUGUCCCGUUGCACGCCUCUAUUACGGAUUUUAUACCAACAACUAGUCGAUCCGCUCCCGAAUCUCUCGAGGUCGCAAUGACUCUGUUCACGAAGUCGCACGAGCUCCAAGCGCUGCGUGUGUCGGUCGUACUCCCACCUCCCUCGUCGACGCUCGCUGCUGGAAUUGCAGGCAAGAAUUCCAAAACACAAGAGCCCAAGGCGCAAGUCCAAUGCACAUGGACUCGAAAUCUCGUCCCGAUGACGGCGGCGCGUUUACACGGAAUCAAGACCGUUUCCACCACCACCACCCACGACUCUGUGCUUGUCGUUCGAGAUGGUUCCCAUCACGCGGUGGCUUACGACUCUGAGAUUCCCCAUCACUCGAUUAUUCCGUUCCAGCCAAAUUCGCCAGUUGACCAACAAUUUGGUCGCGAGAUGCAGAGCAAUGACAUGGUCGUGGCGGCAUUGACAGUGUCGACACCUCGGGACACCGUCCUGUACUUCGUGACAAUUACGUUGCCAUCGUCAGUUGCAUUGAAUGUUAUCCGAUCUCGAGACCCGAGCACCCGGCACGUUGUGCGAGAUUCAGAAGUUUGCGUCGACCAAGCCCGAGAUCGAUCGUUGGUGUCGUGGGAAGGCAUGUUCCUGCUUUGUUCCAAGGAGGAAGCGGGCAUUGCCACGCCGUCCACCCUGUUUCGCAUCGUAGCUAUCACGAACCAAGGCGAGAUCUUCCUGUGGCGUCUGCAUCUCCCCGAUGACGUGGCGCAACCACCAAGGUGUCUGGGAAAGGCCGCAGUCGGAAAAGUCGUGUCGGGACUCGUUGUCAAGCACGCUGGUUUCGUCAACUCGUCCUCUGGUUCAUUAUUUGUGACUGUUGGAACAGCGUUGUCCGAGGUACCAUCAACCGGUGGAGCGGUGCACUUUUGGCGCUUCUCAGCAGAAGACGCCACGGCGGACGAGAUGCAGGAAACAUGCUUGAGUGUCCAUCCAAGUCGACCGCCAUUGCCCCUGCUGAUCGGGCUUCGACACGUCGAGCUCGAUGGUUCAGGUCUCAUGGCGCUCUUGCUCAUGCCUUCGUCCAGUCCGCCGACUGCGCCUUCGUCCUCGUUAGCGGUUCACAUUCAACAUGUUUGGGAUCGCACACCCGCGUCUCGAUGGAAUGUGAGCACGACGGUAACGUCUCUGGCGUGGUUGAAUCGAUGCAGCCAAGUGGUCGCGCUGUCCCCGACGGCACUAUUUGGCUUUCACGUGGAUGGAACGCCAUUGUUCGCGCACAAUCUGCACCCUGGUGUCACCCCCUCCUCCUUGUGUGUGUCGCGGCGCCAGGCCACCAUGUACUUGGCCCACACAGCGUUCGUGACGCAGGUGGAGCUCCCGACCACUUCGACUCUUUCAACUGUGCGCGGCGUGUGGAGCCCGAUGAAUUUGUUGCACCUCAUGUACGACGGACGGUUCAAGGCCGCCCAACGAGUGCUCCAAACGUUGGUAGAUGCGAUCACGCUCAAUGAAAACCAAUCGUAUAUGGAGAUGAAAGAGUCCCAGAUGUCCAUGCCGUGGAUGUCGUGGUCCAAUGUAUGCUACGACUCGGCGGGCAUAGACGACCGAGCUACCUUCACCAAGCAAAUCGAGACAGCCGCCAACUUGUUUGCACCUCGAGUUCCAGUGUCGAAGGCGUCACGGCAGGACACAGGGGUGAACUUUGAAGCAUUCUUCUCGGUUGCCAACGAUCAUCGGUUGCGAUUUGUACCCGAGGCAGAGCGGGAUCUCUUUCGCACGAUCUGCACCAUGUUCAAUUGCGAAGCAGACGCCAAGGACUUGCCCAGUCUUCGCUUCAUGGUGCAUCUCAUGUUGGUCAACGAGUCGGGUGGAAUGUGCGCUGAAGCAAUGGUGUGGGCGCGUUUGACGUCCAUGGAUCUGUUUACGUUGCCUUUUUUUCAAAAUUUGACCAUGGAGUGGUCCCUCAUGCAAAAGUUGCGGCUUCCGUUUUGGCUGGACGAUAUCCAACGACUCAAACUGGCCACGGAGCAAGUCGCGAACCGAGAGUAUGCAGCGUCCAAAGAUCCCUUCUCGAUUGCGUUGUACUACGUGCUCCUGGGGAAGACGCGACUGCUCUCCAACUUGUUUCGGCUUGGAAAAGAGACCAAAAUUGCCGACCUCCUGGUCAACGACUUUGCCGACGACCGGUGGAAAGCCGCCGCCAUUAAAAAUGCGUUCGUGUUGAAAUCCAAGCAACGGUACCUCUUGGCGGCGACGUUCUUCCUUCUGGGAAACAAAGUGUACGAGGCUGCAUCGAUGGCCGAGUCUGCAGACCCAACUUUUGUCCUGUCAUUCUUGAUCCUACGGCUGUCAGAGCCGUCCUCGUUGAAGCAGCUUGGCCCCACUACCAUCCAAUUCGUCCAGACAGUGCUGCUCGACAAGGCAGUACAAGCCAACGAUGUAUACAUGCAGUGCCUGUGUCGGCUUUUCUUGGACAAGCGCUUAGUCCUCGCGCCAUUCCUAGCGCAACCGACCUUGUCACCUCGAUCUGGAAGCGAACGCAUGACGUGUGUUUUCCAAACAACGGCCAGCGCGUACUGGCUAGUGUCGGCGUCGUCGUUGUAUGGCGCGUGCCGUCUCAUCCAGCAUGGUUGGACCAUGGUCGAUGAGAGCGAUGAGCCCAUGUGCAUGGCCCUGCACUGCAUGGCAGCGACCCGGCUGCUUGCGCAAGGCUAUAGCUUUCUCGGUUACACCAUGCUGUCGGACAUGGCUCAGGUGUUUUCGUCGAUGGUGCACUCGAGCGAAUACCAGUGGUUGGAAGGGCUACGACACGAGUUGAGUCUCGCCUGUGUGUCGGAUCAGCUACACCGCGUGUGCGCACUUUUUGGAGAUGCAGUCAAUUCGUCGCUGGUGCAACCGUACCCACCGUUUGCAUUCAAUUUAACAGCGCACGUGGACGCGGUGUUGAGCUAUUUUCCAAAUCUGCUGCCGUCGCAAGUCGUCUGCCUCGUACGGCCGCACUCGACCGUGGCAUGGAUGACGGCGUCGCACGACUUGGUGGGCACGUCCGAUCCAGUGUUAGCCCAAGUCCACACCAUCACGAACGCGAUGGUCGCCCCUGGUUCGUUCCUGCCGUCGCGCGUCCUCCGGGCGACGCAGGCGCUGAUCGAGUACCUGCAUGUCAUGCUACCCCAGGAAGAGCCGAACGUGAUCCGGCUGGCGACAGGGGCCAUCUACACGGGACUUUUUGUCGUGUUUCCAAUCUUCGCGCGGCGGUUGCCGUCCUGCUGUGUCGUCCGCCUCGUCAGUCUCAUGUGUCCUCAGAAAGAAAUCAUCCAUUCGGGCAGCAUCCGCACCGCCAUUGAAAGCGAUGACGUGUGUCUGACUUGCCUCGACUUCAAGCCGCGCCUGUUGCCAUCGCUCCGCCAGGAUUUGCCGGCUCUGCACGCCAUGGUCGCGCAGGUGCUUGCUCUUGCCACUCCAUCAUUCAAGCCAAGCACAUCCACCAGUUGCUGGUACUGGACCACAUUGCUUGCGCUGCUCCACGACACGAUGGAGCAACAUGUUGUCCGCUUGACCGAGCAGAUUGACAUUGCCGAGUCGUUGCAAGAUACGUGGAAAGCAUACUACACUCCCCGAAUCGUCAAGAAUGACCCGUGCCGGUGUGUUCGAGCCAGCCAGUGUCCGCUUGGCGAACAACAAGAACACGGGCGGGACCAGCGGUGUGCAUGGCACAAGCUGAUUCAACUGAUCUGUCCUGGCGCCGCCGCUGCGCUCGUGCUAUCCAAGGUCGUAUCGCCCGUGCAGGGUGGCGCCUCUGGCGCCGACCAACCGCCGCAGUUUUCAGAGACAAUCUACAGCUCGGACGUGCCCGGGGAAGCCAUUCGAGGUAUGUGCUGCAACAACCAGCAGAAGAACACUGUGGUGUUUUGCAAUGGCCGAUUUCUGUAUCGCGCGGUCGCAAAAAAGCCGCCGAAAACGUCGAGUUCGACUGCAUCGUGCCAGCUGCAUGUAAACGCCAAGUACACGCCUCCCGCAGUGUUUUUUGCUGGCGACUCGAGCGACCAGCUCAAGCUGCCAACGCCGUCCGUGCUGUCGCCCCAGCCCGACAGCAAGGGCAACGGAAGCUACAAGCCCGUGGCGGUGCAAUCGCAUCCUGCAAUGCCGCUCUUUUGCAGCGGCACGGCCAAAGGGACGGUGGAAGUGUGGCGGUUCGAUCAAACCGCAUCGUGCAAUGUGUUCGAGCACCACGUCGCCCCAGUGCUCUCUGCCAACCCACUCGCCCCGCUCACAUCAGCACCUCGCCGCGACGUCCACCGCAUUCGGUUUGCCAACUCUGGUUACACGCUCGGGGCAUGCGAUGCGCUUGGCUACGUCUACUUGUGGAACUUUGCGAGCGAAGGUUCGUCGGCGUGCUAUGCGCACUUGCAGUGCCACAACCGAGGCACACGGGACUUCGCUUUCUUGAACGCGUCGAGCUGCGUCGCGUCGGUGGGGAGCUCCACCAAGAAAAAGAACUUGUGUCUGUGGGAUACGCUGCUGCCGCCGCACAAAGCGCUCAUCUGCGCCCCAUUGUGCCACCCCGUUGGCGCUGUCUCGAUCGUGUUUUCGUCGCGCCAUCAACUCAUCCUUUCGGGCGGUGACAGUGGAUCGCUCAACAUCUUCGACGUCCGCCAGCAGCGUGUGUUGUAUGCCGUGUCGACCGCCCACGACUGCGCCAUCACGACGCUAGCUCUGCAUCCCCAAGGGCAUUGUGUGCUGUCUGGGUCGGCGACUGGCGACGUCAAGAUCUGGUCGUUGCCGCUGUUCCGGGAACUAUGCAGCUGGAGCAACAGUACGAACUCUGCCAAGUUGCGGCAACAGUCGUCGAGUUUCCUAGGAGAAGCAUCGGCCACAUUUACCACGGCGGCGGUCACGGGCAUCACGGAUGCAUUUGCCACCGAAGAUUUCUUCUAUGCGAGUGGAUCUGAUGGUGUGAUUCAGAGGUACCAAACGCCCGCCGUCACAUUCCUGUAAGGAAGAUAACGCUGCUGUGAUCUUGAACAACCACAUUUUCAUGCACCGGUUGCUCCAUCAAGACAAUCGGACCGAAUCAAACAGAAAGGGUGAUCGCAAACUUCUCAAGAGAGGGUGGUGUUCAAAAACACCAGGUUGUAGAAACGGCGAGCACGAAGCGUCGCACGUUGAGGGAGACAGUUCAGUGGCCAACGCAUUUAAGCCGACGACGUGAACUUGGUCACGGCCUUCGUGCCUUCAGACACGGCGUGCUUAGCCAAUUCACCAGGAAGCAUGAGGCGCACGGCGGUUUGGAUUUCGCGGGACGACAAAGUGGACUUCUUGUUGUAGCGGCUGAGCUUGCCAGCUUCCGACGCGAUGCGUUCAAAGAUGUCGUUGAUGAACGAGUUCAUGAUCGACAUGCCGCGCUUGGAGAUACCGGUUUCGGGGUGCACUUGCUUCAACACUUUGUAAAUGUAGGUCGAGUACGACUCAAUGCGCUUGGUCUUGCGGUUCUUGCCCUUUUCACCGGUCUUCUUCGGGGCCUUGGCCGACUUCUUGCUCGGGGUCUUCGCCAUGGUGGUUGUUAAGAGG